UGCCAUUCCCCCGUUUCUCAGGCGGGCGCGCUCCCUCUCCCCGCCUGCCACCUCCCCUUACUGCCUUGCUCCCUCCCUCCCUCUUGUGCAGAGGCUCUUGGCCCAGGUCCCUGAGCCCCGGCGGCUGCCAGCGGAGGACGCAGGAGGGGUGAGGUCACGUCUCCCUUGAGCCUCGCUCCGCCGGCUUUUCAGAGCCUCGCCAGGAGCCGGGGGCCAGAGUCCCAGACCGCGCCAACCGUGCGCUCCUCUGCUGUCCCCGCGCCGCCAAGGCCUCGCCCAUGUCUCAGUACACCCCCAGCCCGGACUUCAAGAGGGCUUUGGACAGCAGUCCCGAGGCCAACACCGAAGAUGACAAGACCGAGGAGGACGUGCCCAUGCCCAAGAACUACCUGUGGCUCGCCAUCGUCUCGUGUUUUUGCCCCGCGUACCCCAUCAACAUCGUGGCUUUCGUCUUCUCCAUCAUGUCUCUGAACAGCUACACCAAUGGAGACAUCGAAGGAUCGAAGCGGCUUGGGAGGAAUGCCAAGUGGGUGGCCAUCGCCUCCAUCAUUAUCGGCCUUGUCAUCAUCGGUAUUUCUUGUGCAGUUCAAUUCUCGAGGAAGUAA